AUGGCCGAGCGAGUCCAGCAGCCCCCAGCCAAGCGGCUCUGCUGCCGGCCCGGCUACAACCCGGCAUGCAGGCAGGGGCAGCGGGCUGGAGGAGUCCUGUGUGGCGGCGCGGGGUCCGCUCCGGGAGGGUCGGGGAACGGGAAAACGCACAACCCCGAGUCGCUGCUCGACAUCGCGGCGCGCCGAGUCGCGGAGAAGUGGCCGUUCCAGCGGGUGGAGGAGCGGUUCGAGCGGAUCCCGGAGCCCGUCCAGCGGAGGAUCGUGUAUUGGUCGUUUCCGCGAAGCGAGAAGGAGAUCUGUAUGUACUCCUCUUUCAACGCCGGGGGAGAGGAAAGUGGAACUAGCGGGGACAGUAAUGACGAGAGCCAGCUGCCUUUCCUGCGGGGUGUCACUCUGCUGGAGGGCGGCUGGGUGGACAACGUAUUGCAAGUCGGUUUCCAUCUGAGCGGCACAGUGACGGACCCCGCCACACCCUCGACCCCGGAGCUCGUGUGCAGCGUGAGCGUCAGCUUUGACCGCUGCAAGAUCACAGCUGUAACGUGCACCUGCGGCAACAAAGACAUCUUCUACUGUGCCCAUGUAGUGGCGCUGUCGCUUUACAGAGUACGGAAGCCCGAGCAGGUCAAACUGCACCUGCCUAUCUCAGAGACGUUGUUUCAGAUGAGCAGAGACCAGCUACAGAAAUUCGUCCAGUAUCUGAUCUCGGUCCACCACACGGAGGUGCUGCCCACGGCACAGAAACUGGCCGACGAGAUUCUGUCACAGAACUCGGAGAUCAACCAGGUUCAUGGGGCCCCGGACCCCACAGCGGGAGCCAGUGUGGACGAUGAGAACUGCUGGCACCUGGACGAGGAGCAGGUUCAGGAGCAAGUCAAGCUUUUCCUUUCCCAGGGAGGAUACCACGGCUCCGGCAAGCAGCUCAACCUGCUCUUCAGCAAGGUGAGGGAGAUGCUGAAGAUGCGCGACUCCAACGGAGCGAGGAUGUUAACACUGAUCACAGAACAGUUCAUGGCCGACCCUCGGCUGGCACUGUGGAGACAGCAGGGCACUACCAUGACCGACAAGUACAGACAGCUCUGGGAUGAGCUUGGUGCCCUGUGGAUGUGCAUCGUACUGAACCCCCACUGUAAACAGGAGCAGAAGUCCUCGUGGCUGCGUCAGCUGCGCAGAUGGAACAGCGUGGACGUCUGCCCCUGGGAGGAUGGUAACCAUGGCAACGAGCUGCCCAACCUCACCCACUCACUGCCUCAGGGUGCCCAUGGCAACCAAGAGAUGCGGCCCCACAGGACGGUGUUCACUCGGGCCAUCGAGGCCUGUGACCUGCACUGGCAGGACCGACACCUUCAGCACAUUAUCGCCAGUGACCUCUAUGCCAACUACUGUUACCAUGACAACCAGGAGGGUUCCCUCUUCGACGCUCGUGGCUGGCCCCUGUGGCACGAACAUGUCCCAACCGCCUGUGCCAGGGUGGAUGCUCUGCGUUCGCAUGGUUACCCAAGAGAAGCCCUCCGAUUGGCCAUCGCCGUGGUGAACACGUUACGGCGGCAGCAGCAGAGGCAGCUGGAGCACUUCCGUCGGCACAAGAAAGAGAUCCUCCAUAAAGGCCACACCUCCGUAACAAACAUGGAGGGCUGGGUGGGACACCCCCUGGAUCCCAUCGGUACCCUGUUCAGCACCCUGACGGAGUCGGGUCGAGCAGGAGAGGAGGGCUCCAACACCUGCUUAGACCUCUCAGACUGCUCCAGUGUUAUAAGUCGAGCAGAACUCCAGCGCAUGCCCGUGCAGCGAUUGCUGGGAGACGGUGAAUCGUACGUGGCUCUCGCAGUGGAGACGGCGCUGAUUGGCUUGGGCCAGCAGCGGGUGAUGCCUGACGGACUGUACGCCCAAGAAAAGGUCUGUCGCAACGAAGAGCAGCUAUUGGCCAAGCUGCAAGAAGUGGAAGUGGACGAAACCCUGGUCAAAAUCUUCCGCAAACAGGCCGUCUUUCUGCUGGAGGCUGGUCCCUACUCUGGCCUCGGAGAGAUCGUCCACAGAGAGAGCGUCCCCAUGCACACCUUCGCCCGUUAUCUCUUCACCUCUCUCCUACCUCAUGACGCUGAACUGGCGUACAAAAUUGCACUGAGAGCCAUGCGGUUGCCGGUGUUGGAGUCGACGGCCUCGUCCGGUGACCUGUCUCGACCCCACCACAUCGUUUCGGUGGUGCCCAACCGCUACCCGCGCUGGUUCACCCUGAGCCACAUAGAGUCUCAGCAGUGUGAGCUGGCCUCCACCAUGCUCACUGCGGCCAAAGGUGACAGUCGCAGGCUGGAGACGGUCCUGGAGUCCAUCCAGAAAAACAUUCACUCCUCGUCUCACAUCUUCAAACUGGCACAGGACGCGUUCAAGAUCGCCACUCUGAUGGACAGCCUGCCUGACAUCACACUUCUCAAAGUCUCUCUGGAGCUGGGGCUGCAGGUGAUGAGAAUAACUCUGUCCACGUUAAACUGGAGGAGGAGAGAGAUGGUGCGCUGGUUAGUCACAUGUGCCACAGAAGUUGGUGUGUACGCGCUGGACAGCAUCAUGCAGAGCUGGUUCACCCUCUUCACCCCCACCGAGGCCACCAGUAUCGUGGCCACCACCGUCAUGUCCAACAGCACUAUCGUCCGCCUCCACCUGGACUGCCACCAGCAGGAGAACCUGGCCUCCUCCGCCCGCACCCUCGCCCUGCAGUGUGCAAUGAAGGACCCUCAGAACUGCGCCCUCUCUGCCCUGACACUCUGUGAAAAGGACCACAUUGCCUUCGAGACAGCUUACCAGAUUGUACUGGAUGCGGCGUCGACGGGGAUGAGCUACACGCAGCUGUUCACUAUUGCACGCUACAUGGAGCAUCGCGGUUACCCGAUGAGGGCGUAUAAGCUGGCGACGUUAGCCAUGGCUCACCUGAACCUCAGUUACAACCAGGACACACACCCGGCCAUCAACGAUGUGCUGUGGGCCUGUGCCCUCAGCCACUCGCUGGGGAAAAACGAGCUUGCCGCAGUCAUCCCCCUGGUGGUCAAGAGUGUGAAGUGCGCCACCGUGCUCUCGGACAUAUUGCGGCGGUGCACGCUGACCACGCCGGGGAUGGUGUCUGCGCUGCACAGCCGCAGGAACUCUGGGAAACUGAUGUCGCUGGACAAGGCGCCGCUCAGGCAGCUGCUGGACGCAACCAUCGGGGCCUACAUCAACACCACGCACUCGCGCCUCACACACAUCAGCCCGCGCCACUACAGCGAGUUCAUCGAGUUCCUGGGGAAAGCCCGGGAGACUUUCAUGAUGGCUCACGACGGACACAUUCAGUUCACGCAGUUCAUAGACAACCUGAAACAGAUCUACAAGGGCAAAAAGAAACUAAUGAUGCUGGUGAGGGAGCGGUUUGGCUGAGGGUGUGGCCGGGGGUCACCUGAUGCCCCCCCUCCCUCCUCACUCUAGUACUUUUCUAUUAACUUGCGUCUGCCUUUUGAACUUCUUUUGGACUUAUGACAUAGACAAGUAAAAAAGAGGAUUGUGACUUGUAGAAUGAAGCAAAAAGAGAAAGGAAAAGAUGACAAAAAAUCAACAGAGCCACACGCGGUAUUAUUGUUCUUGCUGUUGUUAUUGUUAUAAACAUUAUUACUAUUAUUAUUAUUAAUAAUAUUAUUACUACUACGUGUACAGAAGUGUUUUUAUUUUUCAGAAGAGAGGAAAUUUGUCACGUUGUGAAUGUUGUGCGUAUUUCUCUACAUGUGUGCGAGAGGAAAAUGAAAAGUGAAAUGGCUUUUUGUUAUUUUUAUGAUUUUAAAACAUCCUCUUCCCCCCCCCCCCCCUUUUUUUUUUGAGUACAUUGAGUUAUAUGUUGUCAAGUGGCUGAAGCCCUUCCUCAACAGCGCUCGUGUACAAACAAGACAAAAAAAACGAAAAAAAAAAAAAAACGUCUCGACAUCCUCAAAGAGAAACUAAGGCUUUAAACCACACGGAGCACCUCCCUCUGUCUAGGCCCUCACCGGUGGGCGCUGGGCAGCACUGCACAGCUCGGCUCGGUUCGGCACAGCUUGGUUUAGCACUGACAGAAAGCUGCCAUCAGCAUUUCUUCAGACACAGCAGCAGCAGCAGCAGCAGCAGCAACAGCACUUGAGCAGCCAUUAGUUUUUUCUCUGGGUCCCAGGCAUUAGCUUCAUUAGACACACACAGACAAACACACACACACACACAGACACAACAACGCUCUUAGCUAACUCGUGUUGUUGUCCCCCGCCCACAUCAUGAGUAGCUACAUCACCUGUUUCACAGAGGACGGGAGGCAGUGACGACACAUUAGACACAGAUACUGAGUAUUAUUGUUACAUCAAUGUCAUGCAGUACCGCUGGGUUAUUUUCAACAGCCAAAAUUUGGCUAAAGAAAAAACUGAUAUAGUGUAGUUUUCUAUAGUUGAAGCGGACGCCCAGAGGGAGACGACUACCUCAUGACACGAUACUGAACCUGCUCCCAGUUUUGUUUUUUCGUGGCUGUCACGGUAUUUAUUAUCUCGGAUGAGCCGACAGUGUUAAUGAAACCAGAGAUUCACUAGUGAGACCAAGGUUAUGAGGAGAUUGUGAUUCCCGCGCUUGGCUCAGCUGUACGUCACCGCCCUGGCAUUGGUACUUAUCCACAACC